AUUAACAAGCAUACAGCUUAUCUAUGAAAAGAAGUUACUUCCUCAUCCUCACAAAACUGAAGUGAUCAAACCUCUCAAAAGUGUUCUGAAAUACCAUAGAAAGAUGAAGUUACUAGGUUGGAUGCAUCGGAAGUUCCGCCAAAACAGCGGCGAUCCACUUAAGGAUUUCGUGGUUGGGCAGCCAUCGCUGGACGAUCAACAAUACCUCCAAAAGCAAAACUAUGGCUAUGGCACCAGACCCUUCAAACAAGCCCCAAAAGACCACUACCUUCGGAAGUCUUUCACCGGUCAAGAGGCAGCAAGAGUAGAAGAAGAAGACUACGAAGAUGAAUCAUCUGCUGCAAUGACUGAGCUCUUCCAUGGCUUUCUUGCCAUUGGCACCCUUGGUACAGACCAAGUCUCGACUGACCUUUCCACACCAAAAUUUUCCAUCUCUGUCGACAAUAUAACUGAAAAGGAAACAGAAGUGACCGAGAACGAUCUGAAGCUCAUCAAUGAUGAGUUGGAAAAGGUGUUGGGAGCUGAAGUUAAGGACGAUGGCUGCAAUUAUUCAUCUGGGAGGAACAGUCAUGUUAGCACUGGGAGAAGCAGUCAUGGCAGUACCAUUACACUCAGUGGCAAGCCAAUAGAAGGAUCAGAGACCAAUGCAAAUGGCACUACAGUCUGCCCACUCCAAGGAUAUCUUUUUGGAUCAGCAAUUGAAUUGUCGGAAACAACAACAACAACGGCAGCAGCAGCAGCAGCAGCAGUGCCAAAGAAAGAACAUAGGACAUCUCUUGGAGAGCUGUUUCAGAUGAGUAAAACGGCAGAGGAAAUGUGUGGAACAAAGUGCGACAGGGAGGAGAGGCGGACGGAGAAGGAAGCAGAUAAGUCUGCCUUGCACCUGAUGAAAAAGCUGCUGAAGAAAAAGAUGCUUCAUUCUUCUCGGAGCUCUACAGCAGCUGCUGGUGGAUCUCUUGACUCUGCUUCGGCUGAGACAAAACUGCAUAAGAUCCUUCAAAUGUUCCACAGGAAAGUUCACCCUGAAAACUCAGCAGCAACUCUAAAGUCUACUAAGACCCAAAAGACUGAAAACAAGAAGAAAAUAUUAUACAACGGGGAUUACAGCAGUGGGGAUCAAGUGCUCCCAGAUGAAGACAUAAUCUCCUAUUCCAAGAGAUCCCUUUCAAAGGAGAGUAUGCGGCGCCACAAGAGCCAAUCUAACCCGCUGCAUUUCACACUUAGCAGCAGCGAUUCAAAUGGGAACAGGGAGCACUGGAUCAAAACAGAUGCCGACUACCUAGUGCUGGAGCUCUAAAAAGAGGCAGAAGCAGCAAUUGAGUUGUGUGGUGAUAUCGUCUUUGUAUGGAUCUCCUUAUUGGUGAUGGGUUGCUAAUAUAGCAUACAAGUUAUUAUGUUGUAAUGAGCUUGAGUUGAAGAAAUAAAUAAAAAGAGGCGCACCUCUUAUAAAUCUGUUUGUGAGUGGUGAAUGUUAAGUGUAAGGUACAUCUUCUGUUUAAAAGUAAUCAUAAUUCGGCCAUUGUGGCAUGAUUAUCUGCCUAA